GCACACAACUGUACCUGAAGAGAGAGAAGCAGGAAGGUUUAAUUUAAGUUGUGCAGCCAUGUUUGCUCUGGGAUCCAUUCUGUUGGCUGGACUUCUAAGUCUGAGUUUAGCUCAGUAUGAUUACUAUGAUGAGUACUACAUACCCUCCGCACCACUGGAGGGCGUUUCAUCACCUUCUUGUGCCCAGGAGUGCGAAUGUCCCAUCAACUUUCCCACUGCCAUGUACUGCAAUGAGCGCAACUUGAAGUUCAUCCCCAUCGUGCCGACCGGAAUCAAAUACCUCUACUUACAGAACAACUUCAUUGAGGAGAUCAAGGCUGGAGUGUUUGACAAUGCCACCGACCUUCGCUGGCUCGUCCUCGACAACAACAACAUCACCAGUGACAAGAUCCAGGCUGGUACUAUCGAUAAACUAGGAAGCUUGGAGAAGCUCCUCUUCAGUCAUAACAAGCUGACUAAACCCCCUGGUUCUCUUUCGAAGUCUCUGGAUGAGUUGAAGCUGAUCGGUAACAAGUUAACCUCAUUCCCUGCUAACACUUUGGCUGGGAUGGAAAACCUGACAACCGUCCACUUGUCCAAGAACAAACUUACCACCGAGAGCCUCACAGGAGCCUUCAAGGGCCUCAAGUCCCUCAUUCUGCUGGACGUGAGCGAGAACAAGCUCAAGAAACUUCCCUCGGGAGUUCCAGCUUCGCUUUUAAUGCUCUACGCUGACAAUAAUGACAUCGACAGCAUCCCUAACGGCUACCUGGCAAAGCUGCCACUCCUACAGUACCUGCGCAUCUCCCACAACAAACUUGUGGAUUCAGGAGUCCCUGCAGGAGUGUUCAACGUGUCCUCUCUUCUUGAGCUUGACCUGUCUUUCAACAAGCUGAAGACCAUCCCGGAGAUCAACGAAUCACUAGAACACCUCUACCUGCAAGUCAAUGAGAUAAACAAGUUUGAGCUGACGAAUAUCUGCAGAUUUAGCUCACCGGUCAACUACUCUAGACUGAGGACCCUGCGCUUGGAUGGAAACAACAUCACACACAGCAGUAUGCCAGAUGACACAGCUAACUGCCUACGCCAGGCCUCAGAGAUCAUCUUUGAAUAGAGCUAAAUCUCGCCAGUAGCUCAUCAAACAAAAUAAGGCUUUAAUUCUUAUUAAACCAGGGCUGCCCAAAACUUUUCCUGGAGGUCCAGUGUCCUGUAGAUUUUAGCUGCUGAACGAGCUAAUGAAGACCUUCAGACUCACUAACAACUUCUCAGCAUAUGUGAUGGAGCUAAAAUCUGCAAGACCUUGGCCCUUCUGCAGCUAAAUUGAACAUCUAAACCUGUUUCCAGAGGCCGUUAUCCUGCAGAGUUUAGCUCCUGAACAUGCUGAUGAAUGUCUUCAGACUCACUUGAACCUUCUUAGAAAUUGUGUUGUAGCUAAAAUUUGCAGGACUUUGGCUCUUCAGGAGCAGGAUUGGAUGACUAAACCUGUUCCCAGAUGGCCACUAUCUUGUAGAGUUUAGCUCGUGGAAACUAAUGAAGGUCUUCAGACUCUUUAUAACUUCUUAGUGCGUCGGAGCUAAAACCUGCAGGACUUUGCUCUCUAUUAGACACUCUGGAUGUCUUUAUUCGGGAUUCUGGCUACCACAUUCGGUCACUUGCACAUUGUUGACAAUAUUUGCUGUUUAAAAAGUUUGUAUGAAAAACGGGCAGCAAUAGUCUGAAAAUCUUGAAAAUCUGGCACAUAAAAGAUUAGUCUUGUAUUAUAAUGUAUGAAAAGUGGAAAUAUUUCAGUCUAAAGAGAGACACAAAAUGCUGUGCACUCUAUAAUGAGUUGCACUACAUGUCAUCUAUUUUUUUUUUUGCAUGUUAAAAUCUUUAAUCACUUGAAACUGUAAUCAUAUUAUUAAUAAGCCUGCCAGUAAGGAUAUUCGACUGUUUUCUACAACCUAUGGAUAUGAACUAAAUGCACAGCAGUGCAUUUUAAUUUACAAAUUAAAAAAUAAACAUUGUACAUUGAGUGAAUUC